AUGCCAAACCCAUCCCAGCUCUUCCUCCUUGCCGAUCACAUCAAACUCUCCCUCCUCGAACGCCAACGGGCCAUCUCGCUGAAUCUAGAACCCAAUAGCCAAGAUGGAGAGAUCUCCCGCUCGCUCGAAUCCCUACGUGAAGGCAUCGAUGCCGUCGAAUCCGAAGUGACAAGACUGGAAGAAUCAAACGAGGAAGGGGCCUCCGAUUUAAGAGACCAACUUUUUCACCUCCGAUCGCAAUUUAGCGACCUAUCGUCGCAGUUCCGCGGCCCCGAUGCGGCUCCCGCUGACGAGCCAUCGCGUCCGGAUUCGCAAACGCCGCAAUUUACAAAUGUGAAGAAUUCGUCUCCAGACCUCAAGCAGCCGGUUCCGCAGCAUCCACCAUCAAAGUCUGUUCGGUUUAUGGAUGAUGCCGCUGCCGCUGAGGACGACCUGAACCGUCGGAAUCUGUUCCAGCCCUACCGCGAUGACCCGUCCCCGGAUGGCGUGGAUACAUCCGGCAUGUCUAAUCAGCAAAUAUACGACCAUCACGAACAAGUCAUGCGAGAUCAGGAUGAGCAGCUAGACCGGCUGGGUGAGUCAAUCGGGCGACAACAUCAGCUGAGCAUCCAGAUUGGGGAUGAGCUCGACGGCCAUGUUGCGCUGUUAGAUGAGAUGGACGGCACAGUCGAACGACACCAGAGCAGGCUGAACAAUGCGCGGCGGCGUGUUGACAAGAUACAGAAAAAGGCUCGGGAGAACUGGAGUAUGAUGACGAUCAUCGGUUUGAUCAUUGUCCUGGUCAUCCUGAUCGUCCUUUUGAAAUAA